UCCAUAAUAAAUACAAAUAGGUCCCAUGAUCACUUAGAAGAGCCAGUGGAUUUAUUUACCGGUACUGAAAUAUACAUUCAGGAAGAAAGUCAACAUUUGAACCACCCACUGCUUACAGUAGCCAGGGUGCCACUAUGGCACUCUGCUUCCCCCAAGCGGUGGAAUCAACUUCAGGGAAGGAUCUGAUCUAUCCCGAGUAGCCAGCUUGCUAGCAGGCUGCGGUUCGCCAUAGCUAGUUGUUUGCUUGAUGUAGGAGAGAUGUGGUCCUUUUUCGCUCGGGAUCCAGUCAAAGACUUUAAUUAUGACAUUUUACCGGACACUCAAGAAACGUCCGGAAUAUGGACGCUGCAUCGGGGCAAGCGAAAGGUAAAUACAAUAGUUGGGGCAGAAAUAUAUUUGACAGAUGUCUUGUUAGCUGAUACAAGUUCAAGGCAGGACGCCAUUCUUAUUUUUGGGAUGAAAUGGAUGUUUAAUUGCCAUAAGAUUAUCACGAUGUAUGACUAUAUAUAUAUAUAUAUAUAAAUAUAUAGCGUUGUGAGGAUAUGUAUCGCCUAGUUAAAACAGCACGGUUAGCGAACGUUACUACUAGGCUAGUAUAGCUAGCUAGCUAACUAUAUUUUGUUUAUGCUGGGCCACGUAUUCUCGCCACGUCAAUCUCUGCUACAGUAACUAGUUCGCUAGCUAGCCACUGUUGUCACCUAACGAGCUAGCAACGUCAGCCACUUACAUGCUCAUGCGAAAUGUAUUUCGACAAUCUGUCAUGUCAUUCUUGUUUUGACUGGUAACUAACUAACAGUAGCUAGAUGCUAACGUUAUCCGGCUAAUUUGUCAUCAAAGGUUCCGCUUAGCAUUGUUUGUUCCUUUUCCUUAUUGUUCAAUGCCAUGCAGAUGUAAUGGUGGAACCUUUGAUGACGUACGUGUGUAGGUGUCGUUCUGUGUUUCACCUGAAAUAGGUAGCUAGUUGACUGAGACAAAUUGUAUGGUGACAUGACAGCAACCCUUAUUGCAAGGAACAGGGUUGAACAACACCACUCCUGUGAGUGUGAUGGAGGUCUCUGGCCUCACCAGGGAGACUGUAACUUUUGCUCUCCUAAAUCUCAAUAACAUCUCUCCUCUUACCAAUGACGAAACAUGACAUUGUCACAUUAUGACAUCUCCUUAGACGGGUGGGGAACCAGUAUCGGUGUUUGUGUACGAGGUGUCUUCGGGGACAGAGGAACAGACCCAGCUAGCCAAGGCAGCGUUCAAACGCAUGAAGACCCUCCGACAUCCCAACAUCCUGGCCUAUGUAGAUGGAUUGGAGGUCUGUGUAUUUCACCCCAAAUGCAAAUAGCAUAACAUCAGAAUUUAGUUGAUAUUUAAAAGGCAAACAGUAUUGCAUAACACUCAUUCUGUCACCAUUUUCUCAGUCUUCUGUAUUUGUUUUUCUUGUAAUUGUUUUUCAUGCAGAGUGUGGUGAGUAUCAGUUAGUUCCCCUGUCUACCAGUUCUAGAGAGAAACAGGAGCUAGUGUGCUAGUCGUUAGUGUACUCCCUGUAUAAUAGAACCAUACUUAAAAGACUAAUGCACAUUUUAACCAAGUCAUCAUGAAUGCAUUAAUGUUGUCCCUUUCUGGUGCGUUGCAGACAGAGAAGAGCCUGUACCUGGUCACAGAACAGGUCACCCCCCUGGCAGCCCACCUGAAGGCCCAGUCAGAGAGGGGGGGCUCUGGGGAGCUAGAGGUGUCCUGGGGCCUGCAUCAGACCGUGGUCAGUAGACUGGAGGGAGAUGGGUGCUCUAAUUUCCUCAUGUGUUUCUGUAUGUUGAGUGCUGCUUGUCCUUUAACAAUCCUCUUCCACCUCUACUCCAUUAUCCUCCUUUCUCUCUAUCAAUCUCUUACUCAAUGGAAAGAUGACUUUCCAUCUUCUCUGAGAAGGCCCUUAUAUAUUAAUCACAUAGCACUGAAUGUUCUCUAAACACCAGCCCAAAAGGCUCAUAUGAAGUCACAACAUCAGCUGCUACAGAAUCAAACAGGUUCACAGAUAUAUUAUCAGUGUGUCCCCGGCCCAGAAUGGCGUCAAACUUUAACCAUAGCAUUCAACACUGGCAGACAUUUGAUACUGGCAGUUUAACAGGUCAAAGGUAGGAACAGCAGUACUCAGUUACAACAGAUGAUUGUAGACUAACUUUCCUCAAAAGAAUGCAUCUGUCUGCGUCUUCCCACACAUCAUGUUUAUUACAUAUCAAUCUAUAUCAAAUCAAAUACAGGCAAAUAAUUAAUCAAAUCAUCUCUCACACACUCUAUUUCCCCUUUGUAGAAAGCCCUUAGUUUCCUGGUGAAUGACUGCCACCUCCUCCACAACAACCUGGGUAUCUGGGCUGUGUUUGUGGACCGGGCUGGAGAAUGGAAGCUUGGCGGUCUGGACCACAUGACCCCUGAGAACGGGGACGCCUCCACAUCACUACCCUCCGCCAAAGCUGUUCACCCUGACAUGGACAAAUACGACCCCCCUGAAUCACCAAACAGUGGAGAGAAAUGGUAAGGCAGACCGAGAAUGAGUUAAGAAUGAAAAAGACUGAUUUCAUGGCAAAUUGUAUUCCUGGUAUCUCGCAUACAAAGUUUUUAGUUCAAUGCUUGAUGUAAUCUGAAGAUACUUCAUAUUUGUAUUGUCUGAAUCCAUCUCUCUGUCCUCCAGGGCUGGGGAUGUGUGGCGGCUGGGCUGUCUAAUCUGGGAAGUGUUCAAUGGUCCACUGCCCCGAGCCUCCUCCCUACGCUCCCUCGGAAAGGUACCCUACUCCCCCACCGUUUACCUUCUAACAUUUUACCAGAGCAUCACACAUUUUAAGGAAAUCCUAAAGUGAUUCUAAUGUACUCCUGUCAAAAAGAUCAAAGGUCAUGAAUUAAUUGGAAGUGAUGUGAAAACAUAUUAUGGUUUGUUGUCCCUCAGAUCCCUAAAGCAUUGGUGCCUCACUACUGUGAGCUGGUAGGGGCCAACGCCAGGGCCCGGCCUAACCCAGCCCGCUUCCUCCAGAACUGCAGAGCUCCCGGAGGAUUCCUUAGCAACAGCUUCGUGGAGAGCAACCUUUUCCUAGAGGAGAUCCAGGUGCGAUUCCUGACCCCCGUCCCCGCUAUAGAAAAAGUUUGACACAAUAGAGAUGACACAGCUCUCAUUGAAAUGUGUUGACUUACCGAUAAAAUGUUUUAUUUAGUGAAGUGUGAAAUCUAUCUUAUCUAUUCUAUCUGAUCCAGAUCAAAGACCCAGCAGAGAAGCAGCAGUUCUUUCAUGACCUGAGUGAGAACCUGGACUCAUUCCCAGAGGACUUCUGUAAGCACAAAGUGCUGCCACAGCUACUCACCGCCUUUGAGUUUGGCAACGCCGGGGCUGUCGUCCUCACACCUCUGUUUAAGGUAUGUGUGCUGUGGAGGCAGAGAGGAGGGAUUCAGAUAGGAGAAUGGCUCACUGGCCUGGCAUUGAAUUGCUCCUCUCUUUUAUGCAGAAGUGGGAAAACUAUGUCAUAUCUAUGUAAAGCAUAAUCAUUAGAAGGGGUUUAGGUUAAAGGCAUUUCUUCAGGGGAAACAUGCUUUUGGCAACUAAUCAUCAAUCAAAUGUAUUUUAGAAAGCCCUUUUUACAUCAGCAGUUGUCACACCAGAUACCCAUCCAACCAGGCAGGAUAUAACCCCACCCACUUUUCCACAGCACAGCCCCCACACCACCAAAGGGAUAUCAACAGACCACUAACCCACCUCACGAUCCCGAGAGGGCAGAAGAUCAUUCCUUCUUCCAUGUCUCCUCUUUCUUUCUGUCUCUGUCAGGUGGGGAAGUUCCUGUCUGCGGAGGAGUACCAGCAGAAGAUAAUUCCUGUCAUUGUGAAGAUGUUCUCCUCUACAGACCGGGCCAUGAGGAUACGACUGCUUCAACAGGUACAGUGUACCACACAUCAGAGUACAGAGACGGCCAUUACGACAGAAUGAGUGUUUGCUGCAGAACCCUUGUUUUAUUCCUCUUUCAAACCCCUUUCUCAUCCCUCUAUUUCCUUCAGAUGGAACAGUUUAUUCAGUAUCUAAACGAUGCGGCGGUAAACUCGCAGAUCUUCCCUCAUGUCGUUCACGGUUUCACAGACACAAACCCAGCCAUCAGAGAACAGACUGUCAAGGUAUAACUGGCUCACCCAGUCUGUCAGACUGUGAUUAACAUACACUCACAAGACCAGAUGGCUUCACUCACUCCUUCGUUCAAGUGUAACUGAAAGUGUUCCUUCCCUGUAGUUAGUGGUGUUCCCAAAGGUCUGUUCUUGUUCUUUUCCUCCCUCUCCCAGUCCAUGCUGCUGCUGGCCCCUAAGCUGAAUGAGAGUAAUCUGAAUCAGGAGCUGAUGAGGCACUUUGCACGGCUGCAGGCGAGAGACGAGCAGGGACCAAUCCGCUGCAACACCACCGUGUGCCUGGGAAAGAUCGCCCCCUACCUCAACGCUGGGGUAACUUGCACCUGCCUCCUGCUCUCUCUCUCUCUCUCUACCGGUCUCCCUUUUCCUCUCUCU